AUGGCUGGGCGGCGCAACCUAGACGAUUCCGAAGGUGGUGAUACCAGAACUGCUGAGCAGUUCCACUGGCAGGUUGACAACCGGCACAAAACCAUCAUAGAAGAUGUUAGGUCCUUCCGUGGAGCUGAUGUUGAUAGCGACCACUAUAUGCUCGGAAUAAAAAUUAAAGCAAAAAUCAAAGCGGUGCGCAGAUCACAUAAACCAGGAGAACCUGUCAUGGACAUAGAAAACCUAAAAGAUGAGGCUGUGUGGAGGGCCUUUCAGCUUGAGCUGCGCAAUAGAUUUAGUGGUUUAGAAGUUCAAGAGUGUAUAGACGAGGCUUGGGAAGAAACGCGGGACAUCGUUAAGGAGGCUGGACUGAAGGUGAUAGGGAAGAGAGAAUUUCGCAAAAAGCGAAAGUGGUGGAGCAAGGAGUGUGACCUGGCAAUGGAAGAGAGACGGAAACUUAAAAUACUGUCCCUACAAGACCACAGAUGGGAGAAUGAGUAUGUUGAGAAACGCAAGUUCCUAAGAAACUUGAUCAGGCAGUGCAAGAGAAAACACCUAGAAGACCAACUAAGUCAGGUAGAGGCGCUAAUAAGAGCCAAUGCAACCAGGACAUUUUACCAGGAAGUAAGGUCAGUCAAAAAAGGGUAUCAGCCAGCAGUCCAGUUCCUUGAAGAUGAUGCAGGAAACCUUAUCUCGGAUCAAUGA